AAGCACUAGUAGGCAAGCCGCCGGCCGCCAUCUUAGGUCGACAUUGUUGAUUUCCUCAUCAGCGAAAUGUGUCUUUACUCCAACAAAUAAACUGAUUAUUAUGAGGACUUGUUAAGUUUUUUUUGAUUCUGUAGUGAUUACUUUAUAAUGGAAGAGGAAUAUAAUAUUGAAACGCAGGACCCAGUUGUGAACGAUGUGGUAAAUCGUGCUAGCGAAGGAAAUGAGAAUUUAGUGGACGGUGCUAAAGAUUUUGGUGAUGUAGUGGCCUAUGACGAGGGUUACGAGGACGAGGAAGGUGGCAACAGCUUCCGUGGAGGCCGAGGGCGCGGCAGCUUCAGAAGCAGAGGCCGUGGUCCCCCGCCUGGCUGGAUGAAUGGGCCCCCUAUGAGGUUCAGAGGACGAGGAUACGGACCAGGAGGCCCCCCGAUGCGCGGACGAGGAUUCUUUAGAGGCCGUGGCGGCCCACGAGGCUUUGGGCCCAACAAUGGACCUAAUUUUGAUAAUAAUUGGGGCCCGAUGGGGCCCCCACCGCCGGGUAUGAUGGGUGGGCCCCCACCUGGGAUGAUGGGUGGGCCCCCUCCGUUUGGGCCCCCACCUGGCAUGAUGCCCCCUGGUGGUCCAAUGGGUCCUCCCCCAAAUAUGAUGGGCCAGCCACCGCCGUUUGGUGGCCCGCCUGGCAUGCCACCGCCAAACAUGAACCUAGAGCUGUGGGUGGAAACGAAAUCAGACGAGGGCAAGCCGUACUACUACCACGCCAGGACCCGCGAGACUACGUGGACCCGGCCGCAGGAGGGGCCCAACUGUAAAGUUAUAUCACAAGGUGAAAUGGAGGCCAUGGUCUCUUCAGGUAUGGUUUUCCCAACAGGCGGUCCAAUGAACAUGGCGGGGCCCCAGCAAGUGCCUAUGAACGGGCCCAUGGGUGGCGGGGGCCCUAUGGCUGGGCCCAUGGGUAUGAUGCCAAACGGUGUGAUGCCCAAUGUGAUGCCGCCCGGAGUACACAAUGCACCUCCUCAAGGGAACGUGCCUCCAUUUAUGUCGCAACCACCCCCGUGGGUAAAAGAAGGAGGUGCCAAGGAUAAGGAAGAGGAGAGUCCCGCGGAGAAUGACGAGCUUCCUCCCGGAGAGAGCGCGCCCAUACAACCCACUCCUAAUGGUAACAUGUUCCCGGGCCCCAACAACGGUCCGCCGGGCGCGGGCGGCGCGGGCCCCGGUGUGUCGGGUCCCCCUGGGUACAGCUACCCCGGGGCCGGGUACCCGCCGCCCGGCUGGCCCGCCUGGUCCACCUGGCCCCCGCCACUCGUGGGACAACCCCCCCCUAACAUCAAUAAUGCUGCUGGUAAUGAAAGUACCGCCGGCAGCCAGCCUCAGACCGGUCGGCCGACCAGUCCGUCAUCAGAGCCGACCAUCAUAUCAGACUCCCCCACUCCACUGCAGCAACCAGCCAAGAAAGAGGAACUUGUGAUAACCCCGGAGCUGGUGGCGGCGGCGGGGCAGUGGACGACGCACCGCGCCCCCGACGGCCGCCCCUACUACUACAACGCCGGCAAGCAGGAGUCCGUCUGGGAGAAACCCAAGCCCAUGAAGGAACUCGAAGGUACACCACUCCUACCCUACCUCGUCUAUAUAAUCGACGUGGAGGCCCACGCGGAAGCCCAGGCGGCGGCGGAGGCGGAGCGGGCCGCCGCGGCCGAGCGAGCUCGCCGCGCCAGCUCGCCAGCUCGCCAGGAGCCCGCCGCCGAGGACAAGCCCGCCGCCGCCAGCGACACCAAGGACAAGGACAAGGACAAGGAGAAGGACAAGGCCAAGCAGGACCGCAGCAGGCCGAUAUCCAGCACGCCUAUACUAGGGACGCCGUGGUGCGUGGUGUGGACGGGCGACGGGUCGGUGUUCUUCUACAACUCGGCGGCACACUCGUCCGUCUGGGAGCGGCCCGCCGCGCUCAUGGCGCGCCCCGACGUCGACAAGGCCGUCAGCCAGCCGCCGCCCGCGCUACUGGAGCUGCAGGUACGUACUGUUAGUGCGCCGACGUACGUACUGUUAGUGCGCCGACGUUACAAGGCCGUCAGCCAGCCCCCGCCUUACUGGAGCUGCAGGUACGUACUGUUAGUGCGCCGACGUUACAAGGCCGUCAGCCAGCCCCCGCCUUACUGGAGCUGCAGGUACGUACUGUUAGUGCGCCGACGUUACAAGGCCGUCAGCCAGCCGCCGCCCGCGCUGCUGGAGCUGCAGCGUAAGGACGCGGCGGCGGCGUCCGGUAACAAGGCGGCUAAUGGUGAGCUGAAGCGUUCUGCUGAGGCCAACACCGAGGAGGCUGAUGCUGCCAAGAAGAGUAAGGCUGAAGAAGAGAAGCCCGCGACGAACUCCCUGUCGGGCGCGGGCACGAUCCUGGUGGGCGCGGCGGCGGCCGUGGAGGCCGAGGUGCGCGCGGCCCGCGAGCGGGGCUCGCUCCCCCACCCGCAGCGCCUCGCCGCCUUCCUGCGCAUGCUGCAGGAGAAGGACGUGUCCGCCUUCUCCACCUGGGAGAAGGAACUGCACAAGAUCGUCUUCGAUCCAAGAUAUUUGAUGCUGAACUCGAAGGAGAGAAGACAGGUGUUUGACCAGUACGUGCGCGACCGCGCGGAGGAGGAGCGCAAGGAGAAGAAGAACCGGCUCCAGCAGAAGAAGGUCGCCUUCCGGGCGCUCAUGGACGAGGCCAAGCUGCACUCCAAAUCGUCAUUCAGCGAGUUCACAUCGAAGCACGGGCGGGACGAGCGCUACAAAGGUAUAGACAAGGCGCGCGACCGCGAGACGUACUUCAACGAGUACCUCGCCGAGCUGCGCAAGAAGGAGAAGGAGGAGAAGGAUAAGGCCAGAGAACAGAUGAAAGUCGAGUUCAUUGCGCUGCUCAAAGAAAAGGGGGUGGACAGACACUCGCGAUGGAUCGACGCGAAGAAGAAAAUCGACACUGAUCCCCGAUACAAGGCUGUAGAGGGAUCCAAUCUGCGGGAGGACUAUUUUAAGGAGUAUUGCAAGAUGGUUAAGGAGGAACGCAAAAAGGAAAAGGAUGGGAAGGAUAAGAAACGAGAACGCACAGGCGGCAAGAAGGAGAAGCGAGAGAAGGAGCGAGAGAAAGACAAGGAGGACAAGAAGGAAGUUAAAAAAGAGAAGAAGAAGGAGAAGGGAGACGAGCCACAACCAGAGGAGGCAGAGGAACCGGACACGGAGGAGGUGGAGGGCGGGAGUGACGCAGAGACGGCGGCCAGGGAGAAGGAGGCGCGCGCCAUCGCCUCUAUCAAGGAGAGGGAGCGGGAGGUGCAGAGGGCGCUCGCCACCAGUCUGAGGGACAGAGACAAGGAGAGAGAGUACCAUAAGAGGGAUGAGGCUGUGCAGCAUUUCAACGCGUUGCUAGCGGAUCUAGUGCGGAACCCGGACCUGUCGUGGCGGGACGCCAAGAAACAGCUGAAGAAGGACCACAGAUACAGUCUAGCCGAACUAUUGACCAAAGAUGAUAAGGAGCGCCUGUUCAUGCAGCAUACAGGCGCGCUGGGCGCGCGGCGGCGCGACAAGCUGCGCGCGUUACUGGCCGAGCGCGGCGUCACCUGCACCGCGCACUGGCGGGACGUGCGCGCCAUGCUCACCGCCGAGCCCACCGCGCCGACAUACUCCAGCGCCACGCAGAUGGAGCGCGAGUUCCGCGACUACCAGCGCGACAAGCAGUCGGCGGCGAAGACUGCGAUGCGGCAGCUGCUGCAGGAGACGCGCUCCAUCACGCACAAGUCGCUGGCCGCCGUCAAGGACAACCCCAACGCGCUGCAGCACGUGCUGGACGCGCUCAAACAUGACGCCAGGUACACAGCGCUAGACCACAUCCCGGAGGAGAGGCAGGCGAUCCUGACGAGCUACCUGGAGGAGCUGGAGAAGAAGGGCCCCCCGCCGCCCCCCACCGCCACCGAGCCCAGUCGGAGAGCCAAGCAAUGAUACACAAGCUGUGAAACCAAAUGAGGACUCGUCGGAGCAGCAAUAAGAGGAGUAACAACAAAAUGUAUAUUUUGAGUUAGCGACAUGAUUCCCUACGUACAUUAUAUGUAUUGUAAUUUUUAAAUGAAAUAAAAAUAAAACAAUGUGAUUAUA